AUGCAUAAGGCAUCGCAGCCGCUACAAUCCUCUGACAAGCGACGAGACUCGGGAGUCUCAGAUGCGAACUCAGAAGAUGCGUACUACAACAUCGAGCCACUCAAUGACUUCGACCUCGACGCCGAAGAACCGAUCAAGGCACGCCCGUUCAAGCCCAAGUUUUACAUGACAAUGGCCAUCGAAAACACAACACUCUCCGAUCUCGUAGCAAUGGACAACACAUACCAAGAACGUAUCCAAAUGCGGCGCGACCUAAUCAGGGACUCGCACCACGAGGUAAUCGGCAACAACCCCAAAGCCGACCCAGCCGUAUCUGAACUAUACGCCUGGCUCACGACCACCUACCUCCCCCGCCGCUUCCCCACAAUAUUCACAUUCACUCCUAGCGGCCUCCUCAACCGGACGACCAAUGAGACACUCCCACCGACCCCCGACUCAGCCAGCCACGCGCUGACCAUCAUGGGCUCGCACGUUGAUGACGAAUUCCUGCUCCUGCUCCCCAGUGACAAGGAAGAAGACGCAGGCAAGUAUCGCCUCGAAGCAUUCACAACCUGUUUCCCGUCGGGCUUCCGCACACGCGCCAAGCUGGGCCUACUGCUGUCCGCGAUCCAUGCACCGGUGCCGCACUACGCGCAGAAACUCGAGCGGUCCAUGGACAAAUUCUUCACCGCGCUGCCUGUCGGGAAGAUAGUGAAGCGCUGGAAUUGGACCAUCUCGACGUCGGGCGACUUGUUCUGUGUCGCGGGCAACCACGCCACGAGUGCGGAGUUGGAGGACAAGGGCAGAGAGAAUGUUGACCUGCGGACCACGUUUUUGAGGUGCGAGAGGCAGACUCUGCACCGCCUGCCGCAGUCACAGGCUGUUGUUUUUGCAUUCAAGACGUAUCAGUAUCCGAUCCAGGAGCUGCGGGAUGAGGGCAGCGGCGAGGCGUUGUGCGAGGCUAUUGAUGGGAUGGGCACGGGCAGUGCGCCGCAGAUGGCGAUGUAUAAACGGCAGGUUGUUUGGGGUGAGAAGGUUAAGGCGUUUUUGAGAGGGGAGAUCGAUGUCAAUGCGUGA